AUGCCCGGCGGUCCACAUCCUCCUCUAUCGGUCGUUGCCUCAUGGCCGGCUCCGAACCUGGUUAAUCCAGAAGGGAGAGGCAGGGUGACGACCAUAAUUGCGGGUGUCCUGUCACCAAUCACCUUCUUCGUUAUAUUCGCAAGAAUUUGGGUCCGAUUCUAUCUACAGCGAAAUCCGGGCUGGGAUGACUGGCUUAUGAUAGCUGCCCUUGUAUUCUCCCUACUUCCAACUAAGAUAUACACGCACUCACCUUUAGUAGCCAUUCAUCAUUGCCUUAGCCACUCUUCGGGGGUACAUGUAUGGGACGUCGAUCUCACCUUAUUCACAAUACAGAGAAAGCUCAUAUUAGCGAUAGAGAUGCUUGUCAUUCUCGUUGGAGGGCUUGUCAAAGUCUCUAUUCUACUCUUCUUUCGUCGCCUAGGUUCACGCGGUGUCUCGAAAGCCUUUCGGAUUGUCACCUGGACUGCAAUUGGGGUCCAAACCUUAUCCACUGUCGCUUUCUUCGUCUGUCCGUUUUUUGUCUGUCGUCCUAUGUCUGCUUACUGGGAGCAGUCAGAUGUCAUCAAGAUAGCAGAAGGUGUGAAGUUCAAUUGCUACGACGAGGGCGCUGCCAUAGUCGCUGCCGGUGUGGUUUCGACAGUGCAGGACGUGAUUACCGCUCUGUUGCCAAACUUCAUAUACUGGAAAGCACAAAUUCCGAUUCGCCAAAAGGUGGCUCUGAUGGGAAUAUUUGCUACCGCCUAUGGGGCUGCCGCAUUUGGGGCAUUACGAACACACGCAACCUGGGUCCUAUUCUAUGAGACCUACGAUGUCUCCUGGCAGCUCUGGGAAGUCUGGAAUUGGACACUUCUUGAGGCUCAUAUCGGCGUCAUCUGUGCCAACGCACCAGCGCUCAAGGCCUUUGUGAAACAGUACCUCGAACCCCUCAAGUCUAUUACACCGAAACCUCGAGAAUGGUUUUCGCCAGCCAAGUCCUCGCAUGCACAAUCGUCGCAGACUAAAAGCAAAGUGGAAAGCGAUCCGUCAAAGAAGUCCAGGAAGUUGAGGAGGAAUCCUUAUGGACACCAUGGGUACUUCUCCCAGCCAACGGAAGUGACACAACGGUCCGAUGAUGAAGAGCUUUUCGGAUGCGAAGGGAUACGAGGAUCCUCAUCAGACACCAAGCAAGGCUCAACCUGUAGCGAUCGACAGUCUGCGAACGACGACAUUGAACUGGGCUUAGCCACGCCUAUCGCAACCUACUUAGCCCCGCCUCCCCAGCUCUACCGAGGGAGUCUGGGAAGUGUUGGCAUGGUGUCAGUGUACAUGUACGAUCAGAACGAAGGAGAUGGGACGGGUGGAGACAUGAGAUACAUGCGAGCUAGGUUAUAG